UCGUGUAUCUCUAAAUUCUCUUUGUAUUUUUCUUCGGUGGCCAAAGUAAAAUGCAUUUGGAAUCGUUAAACACCAACGAUAUAAUCAGGCUGUUCACCUUCUCGCACGUGCGAUCAAAGUAAAAGAUUAGAGCGUUCUCGACGCACCUUUAGUUUCGUUACUUGGAGGAUAAUCAUCCCUUUCUGAACAAGAGAAUAAAUUUUAUUAAGAUAUUAACAGAAUAAGAAAAAAGAAGAAAAAAGAAAAAAGAAGAAAAAAGAGGAAAGAAGAAAAAAAGGAAAAGAAAAAAAAGCAACAAAGAGUAAUAAUCAUUAUCGACGUUAUAAUCAUUAUCAUUUUAAUUAAGGAUUAAAAAGUUAUAUCCUUACGAGUCUAUGAGUCAAUCGAUUAAUUAGCAUUUUUGUCAAUAUCGUUAGAAUGCAGACGAUUUAUCUUAAGUCCACGAGCCAAAAUAUUCUUUAUACAAAUACAUAUUAAUGUUUCGACAAAUGGAGAAAAGUAUGUUAAUUUGAUAAGUAUAUUUGUAAUAACUAAUUGAUGUACAAAUAAUAACUUAUUAUCGAAAUUCAAUUACAAAAGAAUAGCGCUGUACAUUGUCGAAUUCAAAAAAAUGAAAAAAAAAAAGAAAGAAAAUCGAUCUAUGUAUGUUCAUAGAAUUCAUCACAUCAAAUAUUUUUCGUCGUUCUCAUGGUCGAUGACCACAAAAAGGGGAAAAGAAGUGGGUACGGUUUCACAAUCACGAGGACCCAAAAGAAUUGUUAAGUAUUCACAUCCCGAAGAAAUGGUGGCCGUGAUGCGGCCUUAACGAAGAUGAGGCCUGGCGGAUUUGCCCUCGAAUUUCGACGGCCGAAUUCGUCUUACGUCUUUAUCUUCUCACGUUUGGAAAGGAGCCAAAUUGUGGAAUGGGAUCACCGUGUCGUAUCGUAUAUUGUUAAAAAAUCGUGAAUAAUUUCACGUGUAAUAAAAUAUUAAACACGUGGACGAACCAGGAUUGUUACUGAAUUAUAAUCGACUUAAACAGAUUUAAUAAUAACAUAUUUCAUGAAUACUUAGUGCUUUUCCAAGCGCAGCUGAUAGUAGUUGAAAAUUUGUUGAUAUCAUAGACAAAAAAAUAAGCAUAUAAAUAUAUUUGUGUGUGUUUGUGUAUGUGAGUGAAUAUACACAUAUUUUUCGAAUAAAACAGGAUAAAAAAUGAAUAUUAAGGGAAGAAAAAAACGAGUACAAUUUCUUCUCACUCAAUCUAUCGCAAUCAGUACUUACUUACGUUUAUGUCGUUUCCGAUUUCGUAAUUGAUGAAUCUCCGUUGGUGGCUUUGAAAAAUCGUGCCCGAAAAAUCGAAAUAUAAUCCUUAAAUGCAAGGAGUCGACUCGCUCCUGUCAAGGUCGUACUCUCUAUGAAUAAAAAUGAAAAUGCUCUGAUAGAAUAUGCGUAGAGUCUCUAAACGGAUUAGACAGUUUAGAAACAAAUGUGUCAACGAUCCAUUAAGGAAUUUCUCGACGACAUAUUCGGUAAUCACGAACGACUAAAUCGUUUUAUUCCUUUGAUUAUCGUACGACCAACAAUAAAUAUUAAUUCUAAGUAGACGAAUUAUUUACCGUCAAACGUAAGACACCGCAUCAUCGAACGUUCGGACCAUUUGCAUCGGGCCUUCGAGGAUGAUGUGAACGUCUGGAUGGUCAUUGGUCAUUGGCAGACCAAACGUGAAGAAUUUACUAAUUCGGACGUACUGAGAAUUGGCCAUUCAUACAAUAUUCAAGAUCCCUAUCCUCGCUUUGCUAUAUAACACCCUUCUACGAUUCGGAUCUCCAGUUACUUCAGGACCUCCGAAGAAAGAAGCUGGUAAAACUUCCAAAAAUCUCAAAAGAAAUACCAUCAAAUAAGUUAAAUCAAUAAAUUGAAAUCGAAUACGCGCAAGCUAUUCCUUUUCUUACAUCUUAAAACUUAACAAACAAGAUGAAUCGAUUCGUAUUUAUUCAAAUUCUUUGUGCUUUCGUAUUAGUAAUAAACGCGCUUCCUCAACAACCAAAAUCCAAAAGACCAACACCCGUGUUUAAACAAAAUCAAUUAGGUGGAUUACAAUUACCGGAUAAUGCUACACUCAUAAGAGAUAACAUUGUGGACACAUUUUCCUGUAAAGACAGAAUUUAUGGAUAUUACGCCGAUAUGGAAAAUGAGUGUCAAAUAUUUCACGUUUGUCUACCACAAACAAGAAAUGUCGCCAAAUGGAGUUUCAUUUGUCCCUCCGAAACGGUUUUCAAUCAGGCCACUUUCGUAUGUACGCGAACGGAAGAAUCGAUACCCUGCGAGGAAUCAGAAAAAUAUUACAGCUUGAACGAGGAGAUUGGUAAGGAGGAAGAAAAUACUGAAGAAGAGACUACCAGAUCUGUUCCAAUAAAUGCUGAUGUCGAGCCAGAGAUAACCAAACCAUUCACGAGGACUUCAAGAAUUUUAAAUCGACAAGGAUCGUCACAACGUCAUUGACGAAAUUUUUAAUUACGUCGAUAAACUAACUUCUCUAUUCCUACGUUGAACAAGAAACGACGAAAUAAGAACAGCAACUUUUGUAUGCUACAUACGCUUGCCUUCAAUACGUAUAUCGCUCUAAU